UCUCCAUUAGAAAGAAGCCAACCAACACCCUCUUUCUCACCCACAAGAAGAUAAUUUAAAACCACCACUUCUCAAGAAACUUCAAAGCUGACAAACUCAUUGAAUCUUUCUUCUUGUUAGCAUCAUCAUCUUCUCAUACAAAUCCAUCUCAUUUCUCUCCGAAACACCAUAUAAAUCCACACACUUUUUCUCUUCAUCAUAUCAUCAAAUCAAAAGAAAAAAGAAUGCCAUCAACACCUCUCAAAUCAUCUCUACAACCUCACAGAAUCAACACAAUGAUCUGCAGCCAGAAACAGCAACAACAAUCUAGCCGGACUUCAUACCUCGACAGAGUGCAUGAUCAUUUAACAGCUGCAAGAGCUACACCAAUACCAGAAACCGUUGCAAGAUAUCAUGCACAUGAAGUUGGACCUAACCAGUGUUGCUCAGCGGUUAUCCAAGUCAUCGACGCUCCGGUAUCAACCGUUUGGUCUGUGGUACGUAGAUUCGAUAACCCACAAGCUUAUAAAAGUUUUAUCAAGAGUUGUAAUGUUAUUAGAGGAGAUGGUUGUCAAGUUGGUUGUGUUAGAGAAGUGCAAGUUGUUUCUGGUUUACCGGCGGCAACUAGUACCGAGAGACUUGAGAUACUCGACGAUGAAAGACAUAUCCUUAGUUUCAGUAUGGUUGGUGGUGAUCAUCGUUUAUCAAAUUAUCGAUCUGUUACAACACUUCAUCCUUCUUGGCCAUCAUCUUCAGGGACGGGUAACAGCAACGCUUCAACCGGAACCGUGGUUGUUGAGUCAUACGUCGUAGAUGUACCAAUCGGUAAUACUAAAGAUGAUACUUGUGUUUUUGUGGAUACAAUUGUGAGGUGCAACCUUCAAUCAUUGGGUCAGUUCACUGAGAACUUGGUGGGGAGAAAUCGUUCACCGGCUUCUGUUCAUCAUAAGUAAGGAAAAUCAAAUCACAUCAACAAAGUCCUUUUUUUUUUUUUUUGUUCUGUUCGUUUUUCGGGGCCGGGCCGGUAAUUUUCAGAUGUGGAUCAGAUUGAUCGGCACUAUAUCAGUUCCUCCACCCUUGUUCGGGAAGAUCAUCAGGUACCAGGAUCGAUUGAUCGAUGAUCCGUUCCGUUAUUAUGAUGUUUAUACCGGUAAAGAAAUGUAACGUUUGUGUGAAAUUGUUCGAACUAUAGAAAACCGUUACAAUUUCUUUUUGUUGGGUUGUUUUCCCUCAUUCUGUAGUAAGUUAUGACUUUAUUUAUUAUUACACCAUUGUAAAAACCAUUUAUGAAUCUAGUUUAACUUCUCAAUA